UUUGAGAUAAGCUUGUGGACAGCCUGGGGGUUGGAGCUUAGAGCUGAGAACAGGACGGAACUUCCUUCCUCCUCUGGUCCAAAAAAGGGAAAAAGCUCCGUUCGCGGCUUUAAUAAAUGGGAUCCGUUCUUCUGUUCAGUCGCUCUGUCGGCUUCUGCUCGUUAAACUCGGAGCUUUUCACCACCACAGGUUCUAAUCUGAAGCCUCCAGAUGCCUCCAGCAGCUCCAGCUCCUCUCCUCGGCCUGGUCCUCCUCUGCGGGCUGAAGGGAGUCCUCCUGUCUCGGGUCGGUCGCUGCACCGGAGGUCUUUGCGUCUUCAGGUCCGUCCUGGACUUUAACGGAGCGGAGACAGAUUGCAGGAGCUCCAGCGGACAGUUACUGAGCUUCAGCUCUGAGGAGCAGCUUCUGGACAGACUUCAGAGCCUCUCCGGGUUCAGCGGGAGCUUCUGGCUGCGCAGACCCGACAGAAAGAGCGAGGAAGCGGCAGAGGGUUUCCAAACCUGCCCCGCCGUGUCCGUGGGACUGAACGUGUCCGUGGAGUGGACGUCCUGCACAGACGAGCUGAGCGGGUUUCUGUGUGAGUUUGGAGACGUUUGCAGCCAAACUCAGCCCUCCGGAGGCGGACAGGUGACCUACACCACAUUCAGCGGCUUCACGGUGACCGAGUCCGAGUCGUUUCCGGCGGGAACCACGGCAGAGGAGCGGGAAGGAGGCGGCGGACCUCCGGCCUCCAAGCUGCUCUGUUUCUCCUCCAGCUGGAUGGAAGCUCCGUGGAGCUGUGAGGUCCUGGGUGGAGGCUGUGAGUUUGGCUGCGACAAUCAAACCAACACCUGCACUUGUCCAGAAGGGCGCAUGCUCCAUCCCAACCAGGUGAGCUGCUCCGAGGACCCGUGCUCGGGCUGUGAGCUGGGCUGCCUCCAGGUAGGGGGCAGGUAUGAGUGCAGGUGCAGGGAGGGCUUCAGGCUGGGGCAGGACGGCAGGAGCUGCGUGGACAUCAAUGAGUGUGAGGAGAAGGCUCCGUGCUCGGCUGAAGGCCAGGAGUGUGAGAACAUCCAGGGAGGGUUCCAGUGUGUCUGCAGGGAGGACUUCAUCUGGGAGGACGGGGAGUGUGUGAACGUGUCCAUCUGCAGCCUGUGUGAGCAGAUGAACUGUCAGAAGAUCAGCGGGGUGUACAGGUGUGUCUGUGGGCGGGGCUUCAGGGUCUCAGCUGAAGAUCCCACCAAGUGUGAACCCCACUGCUCAGAGAGAGACUGUCCGGCCAGGUGUGAGAAGAACCCUGAGCAGGAGAAGAAGGAGAUGCAGCAGUGCUUCUGUCCUGAGGGCUACAUCGUGGACAUCAGGGACGGAACGACCACGUGCACAGACAUCAAUGAAUGUGAGCACCAGGAGAUGUGUCAGCAUCGGUGUGAGAACCUGUUUGGUGGCUACAGGUGUUUGUGCAACGAAGGCUUCAAGCUGCAGGAUGACUUCAGGUGUGUUCCUGUGGAGGAGCCAGGUGAGGAGGAGGAUGGAGGAUCCGGUUCCAGUGAAUCCUUCCUCCCAGCAGCCAGCAGACCUUCCAGCCCUCUGCCCUCCUACAUCCGGACCGGCAGCAUCCUGGGCAUCGCCGUGUUCCUGCUGCUGAGUCUGGGGCUCAUCUGCUUCCUGAUCCGACACGCUGUCAGAAGAUGUGGAAAGUUUGAGCUUCCCCCCUUGAAACGGCCAGACAUCAACAUCUUCUACCUGCAGCAGGUAACCACGGAGACGUACAAGAGGCUGUCCUUCGACAAGCAGCUCAAAAAUGAACAAAGACUUUAAUCAAACCAACAGUGUUUGAUCGCCUUCCAGUCCAGACUGCUCAGAGGGAACUAAUUAAAGCUGCAAGAAUCACAAAGUUGCUAUAAAGUCACAGUAUAGCCACUGCACCUACUGGAGGAAAACUGUUUCCUCUAAUACUCUUCUACAUAGAACUAUUAUUAACUUUUCUGUUGCAGAAAUUUAAAAAAACUCCUCAGUCAGACCAAUUUUUAAAGUAAUAUUUAAAAGAAAAGAUGCUGUUUAACAAAAGUUCAGCAGUGAAGGUACUAGAAGGUUAAUAUGGUCGGUUUCUGGUUGUUGUCAGAUCGUUUCAGAUGGAACGUGCUGGUUCUCAUAAAUCCUGUUUUCAUCCUUCGUCACACUUUAAACUCUUAGCGUGACGAAACGGAGUAAAACGUGUUCUCUUGAGUAAACACUGAUUAUUUUCUGGGUUCUAGUGAGUCACUGACAGAUGUUUGCUCGUCAAACAUUCAGUUUUUAGGAUUUCUGAUAUUUGAGACACUAUUUUCUCAUUCUGAGCUUUUAUCCGUCAGGUUUAACUGCAUCAUGAAACUCCAUAACUAAAGCCUGACGUCAGAAAAAACUGCUCUAAAAUCAUCUGAAUAAAUGUAAAUAAAUAUAUAUAUAUGAUAGAUAAAUGUUGAUUACAGACUGACAGCUCAUCUAAAGUCACACUGAUUGUCGUUAAAUCCUCUGUUGGAGUUCACUGGACUUUAAACUGUGACUCUUUGUGAUAAAUCUGUGCCUUUAACCCUCGCGUCGUCCUGCGGGUCAAAUUGACCCGUUUUAAAGUUUGAAAAUGUCAGAAAAAAUAUAUUUUCACAGUGAAACUUCCAAUGUCAACAUUUUUGGGAAAUCUUUGAAUAUUUUUUGGUGGAAAAAAGAAAUGUUAAAAAUGUUUCUUAAGAACAUUCACAUAAAAAUCAACCAAAAUCCAGCGAAUUUCACUGGAUUUUUGUAGAUUUUUUUCUGAAUGUUCUUAAAGAAGUUUAACUGACAUAUAUGGAAUCACUUUAGAUAUUUUUAAGAUUUUUCUGGAAGAUUUUUUGCUUAUUUUUGAAAAUAUUUACAGGAAUUUUCUUACAAAAUUUGGGGGGUUUUUUAGAAAUAAAACUUUUAAGGGAAACUUUCAAGGAAUUAUUGGAAUUUUCUUCCUAAAGGUUUUGCAAAUUUUCAGAAAUUUGGGGGAUUUUUUUGCUGAAUUUUUGGAUUUUUUUCAGACAAGGAAACUAUAUUUUUUUGGUUCCUGUAAAUGAAGACAACAGGAGGGUUAAAUCCACUGCGAUGAUGAAUGGAAUGAAUGAAUGACUGCUGCUGACUGUAAAUCCCCCAGAGGUCAUUUUAAAUAUGGACUCCAGGUUAGUUUGUCUCCAUGCAUCAGAACAUCAGAAUGUGUUCACUAACUGCUGUUAGACAUCACUGAUCCUGUAGAAGUGACUGAAUGUAAAACUGCUGCUACUCCACCUUUCUGCUGUGGAGACGCUUUAGACGUCGUUCUGAUGUUCAGCCGCUGUCUGCAAGCUCCCACCUGUUACAGUGAAUUAUUUUGUUCUAUAGUGUCGACAUUAAAUGGUUUAUAUUCUCA